GUCAGAGGGUAUCCUAGGGAGGGUGAGGCAGGGGCCUGCCUGCCAGACACCUGCAGGGCUCUGGCCCCUUCAAGCAUGAACCUUACCAUCGGGGCUCCGGCACUCCCACUGUGCUCUUAGCUCUGUGUGAGGCCUAGGGCCCUGGAGGACUUCUUGGUGUUCCUCCAGCAACCAUCAUGCAAGGUGGUGCUGGGGACUGCUCUCUUGUUUGGAAGUGGAGCCCUCAUGCUGUGGGCUCAGAGGAGGAAAAGGAAGGCAGCCUUAGAGACUACGGAAGACAAGCCUCCGGAAUCGCACAGAGCAAAUGACAGCUGGAUCAAGUCUCACUUCAGCCGCCUGUCCGAAGAGAGGUUGCCCACCUACUGCAAUGUCUACAACAGUGGGCACUCACCUGAAAGCAGGCAUGGGGAAGCCAAUACCACCCUCCACGUGGAUACCCUCACCACCAAACACGGAGAAAGGGGCACAGCUCUGCACCGAGAUUCCUUUGCCAGCAAACAGAAGAUAUCUGGGACCUCGGUGACCAAAGAGAUACAGAGGGAGUCAGGAAAGUCCCCGUCCAUAGAGAAUGACACCUGGGCUGCUGUGGCAGCUUGUACAAAGGAGAUUGAUGCCAAGGGCCAUCGUGUGGCUAACUCCAUGCUGCAGCGCUCCGCAACGUACCGUCAAACAGGCCACGAAGAAUCCAGGAACAUCAGCCCGGAAGAGCUGAAGGCUCUGGAGGAGGUGGAGAUAAAGCUGAAAGGCAAUUUCCUAACUCACCGUGAAACCUCUGUAGCUGGUGCCAACCAAUCACACGUCGUCUAUAGCCAGAAUCGCCAUGGUAAACAAAACCACCCUUCCUAUCCAAGCCACCAGGGCAACCAGAGUCAACCUGUUUACUCCAGCCACCAGGGUCAUCAUCCAAGUCACUUGAGCCACCAGACUUAUCCAAGUCACCAUAAUCUCGUGGGCCACUCCAACCACCAGGGUCAAUCAGGCCCCUCAAAUCAACAGAGUCACCAGGGUCACCAGGGUCACUCAAGCCAUCAGAGUCACCAGGGUCACUCAGGCCAUCAGAGCCAUAGUCUGUGCAACCGCUGAAACCACAUCUAUGACUCUUGAAGCCACUUAACCAUGUGUCCCCUCCCCCCAGCAGGGCUGGCUCUCAUGCACAGGCCUGUUUUCUCCUCUGUGGGGAAACCUACUCGGUCAGGGUGAGAGACUGCCAACCAAAUCCCUGCUUCUUCUGGCCUCGGCAGAGGUCAUGAGGGAGGGAGGAGAGGAUGCAGCUCCAACAGCCCAAGGGCCCUGAAGACCCACAAGAGAAGAAGACAUGAGCCAGAUUCCAGGAGCAACCACAAGCCCUCCUCCCCCCCCCCAACUGACUCCACAUGCCUGAAUGGAGCCAAUAAAGCCCUGCAUACCCUCA